AGCAGCGAAGAGUACUGGUGCGUGUAUAAGUAUAUUAGUGAAUAUCUGAUCUGUUAGUAGAAGCAAUUUUGCGAGUUUUAAAUUACUAAUUGCCGUGCUUUAUAUUUUUGCUAACGCACUCAUUUAACAUUGGAGUUGAGUCUAACCAACAAACUUAAAAUGGUAGUUAAACCUGUUUUGUACUACUCGCCGCGCAGCGCGCCAUGUCGUGCGGUACUUUUAACAGCUGGCGCUAUCGGAGUGGAAUUAGAUUUGCAAUUAAUGAAUUUGAAGGAUGGCGAUCAUCUUAAACCUGAUUUCCUUAGACUCAACCCUCUGCACACUAUUCCAGUGUUGGAUGAUAACGGUACUGUCGUCACCGAUUCACACGUAAUUUGCGCUUAUCUUGUGGACACAUAUUCGCCAGAUAACAGUCUCUACCCCAAAGAUGAGGUGAAGCGGAGAGAAAUUCAGACACGUCUCUACUAUGAUGCUAGCCAUUUAUUCCCACGCCUUCGCGUUAUGGUCGAACCAGUUAUCUACUUUGGUGCUAAGGAUAUUGAAGACUUUAAAGUUGAAUAUAUGCAAAUGGCUUAUGAUGGUUUAGAUAAAACUAUCUCGCAGUAUAUGUGUGGUGGGUUAAUGACUAUCGCCGAUUUGUGUGCACUAGCGUCUGUCACCAGUGCAGAGAUCUUUGCGCCAGUGGACGGGAAUAGAUUCCCAAAUCUCGCCGCAUGGUUGAGACGUUUGAGGCUGUUGCCUUACUACAGGGUGAACAAUCAGGUGGGUGUUGAAUCGUUUGGUAACUUCGUUAAAGAGCGACUUGAAGCAAAUAGAAGAGCGCCGGAGAAAUUAGAUUGCAAGUGAUUAACGGUCAAAGUAUAAUGAAAUUAAUGAAGAGAUAUCAGAAAAUAAAUUACGAAAUGGAGAGCAGCGAAUGUAAUCGUAGUUCUAUUUAUUUGUAAGAGAAUAUAAGAGUGAUACAGUUAAUAAAAUAAAUGGUUUAGAUUUUUUUGAUGUUUA